AUCACAGGUUUUUCUUUUCCUAAGCCUCUCCCCUUCUCUCUUUCUCUUUCUCUCUUUUUCUCUCUCUCUCUCUCUCUUCCCCCACCACCUCGUUACGAUUUGUCUUUCCUCCUCUCUUUCUCAACCCGCCCCGCCCCCAUCCGUGUACGUGUUCCUGCAUAUGUAUACACACAGCUCGCCUCUCUAUUUGCGCACACGCAUACUGACACAUCCACAAACUAACCCGUAUACACACGCCUGUCCACAUCCACCUUGUCGAUGGCUGUGCGAGCCCAGCAUCAUCCCACGAGCUGCUUGUUGUUCACGCGCGUGUUCGAACUCUCAGCUCACACACAACAAAGAUAAACAAUAUGAGGAGGAGACCAGCUUGGAGUACAGCAGACAUCGGUCUGUUUACCUUGGCUCUCCCGUUGUACUUUUGUGUGGACAAGACUGGACAUAACUGCACUCUGUCUCCGUUGUAACUGGACGACAUGGACAUUACGCUGGACUCACAGCUCUCACGGAACACCUACCACAGCAGCAGCAGCAGCGGCAGUUGUUGUUGUUGUUAGCCUUGACUACAACUGACUGCUGUUGCUGCUGCUGCUGCUAACACAGCAGUAACAACAACAUCAUCAACAGUAGUACCAUCAUCAUAAACCAGAUUAAUAUUGUUCAGUCUUUCUUCCUCGACCUGCCCGCAUCCCGCUAGCUUCAAACACCUACGUGACAGAAACACACACACACACACAUACACGCAACAGACUAUGUAGACUUUGCCAUCCUCUGGAUUGCAUCGAUGAAGAUUGGAAAGGAUUGAUUUCCCCAGCAACCCAACCUUGGCACAAAUAUUAAGAAGAGGAAGAGGUGGCACUGUGCCAUGCACCAACCUGUUCCAGUUAAUCGCUCCAUUGCACAUGUCAACUGUUUUGGCUUCGCGCAUCAUUUUACUUCAUUGCUUUCAAAUUUAAAAAAAAAUCAAGAAAUAAACUUCAAAAUAAACUGAAACCAAGCGCCAACCCUCCCUCCACCCCAGAAAAGAUUUUCUUUAUAUAUUUAAGGUGUUUUCUUGGUUUCCCUAAUUGUCUUGAUGGAUGUUGGCUGUUAGAAUGGUAAAAUUUUAGGAUGGCCUUCACAGACACCUGUUAAAAAAGAAAAAAUAUUACCGUUUCUGAACUAUAUUUAUUUGAUUAUUUAAAAUCAUUAUUGGUGCUGUCCCUCCAUUGCUCUAACACUUUUCGUCAACAUACCUCUCUCAAGAACAGAACGAAAUACCUCAACACACACACAAAACACAGACACAAUCAAAAUGAAAAUACUAAUGAAAUAGUAUUAUCUACUACUACUAUUACUACUACUACUGAUAAUGAUGAUAAUGAUAUCUUGAUAUAGAAAAUAUAAAAUGAAAUUAUUUCUCAUAAAUAAAAAAAAAUAAAAUAUCUAUUUUUCUUUACUUUCUUAAGAAUUAGUGAUUACAUCUUUUAGAACCCCCCCAUCCUUCAACACCACCCCCCACCAAUAUCUACUUAGCUGUUUGUCUGUCUGGUAUCCCGCUCCUCUCCUUUCUAUCCCAAGACUCACCUUAUAGAUUGCCAAUAAGUAAGCUGCUAUGGGGGUUGGCAUACACCCACCCCCCCAGUGCUGCCAGCUCCACCACCAUUUACCAAAAUAUCUCUGACAUUUCCACACACACACACUCACACAGAUCUGAUCAGCUGUCGUGUUAGCUUUGUGCUGUAACAUUCAGGUGUAUUUGGUUAUUGAUUCAACCAACAGCAACAGCAACAACAUGACCCAGCAGACACCUUUAAAUGUCACCGGGCCUUUGAUAACAAAGACUUUACCAAAGCAGGUUGUCGCUGCCAAGAAAACCUAUGGCUUUUGUGGUUCACGUUUGGAUGCUUUGAGCGUUGCAAACGGUGUCCUUCAGAACGACUGUUUCAUUGAUGUUCUCAACAUCAUCCCACAUUGCAUAUUCCUGCUGUUCAGUGUCCCAAUAUUGAUAAUAUGGAGCAAAUCUGUGAUCGGAACUAAGAAAGUGAAAACAUGGGUACAUUUUCGAGUGCAUGCCUUUCGUUGGGUGGUCACUCUUUUUCUGAUUGGGGUGAACCUCAUGGAAAUUGCCGAGGGUUUGACUUCCGAUGCCCAUGACCCCGACUCUGUCAACUAUCAUGUUUUUAUACCCCCUUGUGCUGCUCUCAUUGGAUCAGUUAUGAGCAUCACAUAUUACCACAAUGUUGAAAUCUGGAACUCACCAGGAUUCCUGCUCAUCUUGCUCGGCUACUGGUCAGCUGCCUUUGUACUCCGAGUUUUCAAACUGAUCUCCCUCUACAGGAACAACAUGGACUUCACUGAUCUUCGACUUGACCUUACAUGGGUUGUGACUGUUGUCUAUGGCAUCCUCAUCUUUGUUGAAAUGGAUGUACUCCGAGUACAGAAAUAUGCUUUUUUCCAAGAACCAUGCCCAGUACACUCCCCUGAAGAACUGGCUUAUCUCAAAUACAUCCAACCCUAUGUAAGCUUCUUAUCAAAGAUUACCUUCUGGUGGAUUACUGAUUUGAUAAGGAAAGGUUUCCGACACGUCAUAGAGUUACACAACCUGGGUAAACUCCCUAUGACAGAGAAAUCUACAUACAACUACAAGAAGAUUUGGAUUUCAUUUGAAAACAACAAGCAAUCAAAAUUACGGUUGGGGCUGAAGCCAUCUUUGUUAGUCAGCAUGUUUAAAGCUUCCUGGCCGGCCAUUAUCUGGAGUGGUUGUCUUCGUCUAACAGCUGACUUACUGGCAUUCAUUGGCCCAUGGUGGAUAGAAGAUAUUCUCAACUAUUGUAAUGAAUUCAGUCAACCAAUUGGUUCGACUAGCAGACACCACAAUGCUACAUCACGUGUAGUGUCUGUCACCCGACGUUCCCUGGAAGAUGACGUUGGAGCUGUUUAUUCUAUCUACAAUGGAUCGUCUACCACCACCACCGCUGCCACCACCGCCAUUAAGACCACUGUGGCAGCACUCUUGCCUCUACAGGAUAAAAAGGACAACUUAAACGUGUCUGUCACUGAGUUCUUCUCCAAUGGCUACAUCCUCAUCACUUUAGUGUUUGUACUCAUGUUAUUGCAGUACUCUCUCAUGGAGUACCAUUUUUUUAUACUCAUCCGAGAAGGGAUGAGGAUGAAAGCCGCUAUACAGGUGAUGAUAUACAGCAAGGUACAACAGUUAUCAACUCAAGCUUUGUCCCAUGGAAGAAUUACAGAAACUGAAAUAAUGAACCACGUGACACUAGAAUGUAACAACCUGAUGAUCAUUUACAGUUUUUUGCACUAUUUCUGGGCAAUACCUCUUCAGAUUGUUGUCGGUUUUAUCGUGGUCUUCCUAAAACUCGGUUCCAGUGCAGUAGUGGGCUUUUUCAUCAUUGCCGUACACACAUGUAUGCACAUUGCCACUGCACGGCACCUGUUUAGACUCCAAGGCAGCAUAAUGAAUCUCAGUGAAAGGAGGGUGAAGAAAGUAAAACAACUAAUAAAAGGCAUCAAGCAGAUCAAGUUAAAUGCCUGGGAGAAAUGUUUCAGCCGUUUGGUCUGUAAGGACCGAAAGAAGGAGAUGAAAUUGUUGUAUCGUAUUGCCUACCUCAAGUCUAUCAUCGAGUUCCUUGUUACAUCAGCCCCAUUAUUGUCAACAGCUGCGACCUUUCUCUACUACCAUAUUUCAAAGGAAACAGUGCUGACUCCCGGCCAAGUAUUUUCUGUUGCUGCCACCUUCCAAGUGAUGUGUUAUCCUUUUUACUUCCUCUGUGUUAUUUACAUAUCUUUACUAAAUGCAAAGAGCAGCAGCCGAGAGUUGACAUCCUUCUUACAAUCCAGCCAAAUAUGCCAACACCCCAGUGCCUUCUUCACCAAGUGCCACCAGACAAGCAAUGUACAGAAAGAUGCAGAGUUGUCCUUCUCCAUGUCUCGAUUGCGAUCAGUUGUCCAGUCAGCCAAGUCCAUGUUCUGCUGUAUUGAUUGUAAGAACAAGCUGGACACUCUGAUGAAGUAUGAUGUAAAAACCAACCAGCUUAGUAUGGCGUUCCACAAUGGAGCGAUGCGUGGAAGUAUCUCAUCAGUGGAGAGUAGUCCCCCCUUGGGUCACACUCCAAACCACAGCCGGCAGAACAGCGGGGCAUCUGUGUUGGACAUCCUCGACCCUGCCUUUCGUCGGCCAAGCUUUUCACAGCACUCAAUCACUUCUGAAAACGACACCUACAUCGCUGAAAGACGAGGGUUUCAUUAUCGUCGACGGAAUACCAAUGGCAACCUCUCCAUCACGGAAGAUGAGGGAGAAACAGCAGAAGCUGCUCCGACCUUAGAACACCGACUUGCCCUUGACAUCACUGACGCUUCUUUCUCUACAGACCUCUCUGAUGAAUCUUCCUGUUUAAAAGAUAUCAACAUUAAAAUCCCUCUGGGUAAGAUGACAAUAAUAACUGGUCCCUCUGGGUCAGGCAAAUCAACAUUGUUAUCAGCCAUGUUGGGGGAAAUGGUCUUGGAUUCUGGAGUCAUGGAGUGGAACAGAGCCUGUACAUUGGCAUAUUGUUCACAACCACCUUGGCUCAUGAAUGCCACAGUCCAAGAAAACAUACUUUUUGGUCAACCAUACAAUUAUAGAAAAUAUAAAAAAGUACUCCAUGCUGUUUCUCUGAACACAGACCUGACUUUGUGGCCAGCCAAAGACCGAACAGAAGUUGGUGAUCAGGGUAUCUUACUGACAGAAGGUCAGAAACAGCGUAUCUCUCUUGCGAGAGCUCUCUAUUCCUCAGCAAACACAAUUAUUAUGGAUGAUCCAUUCUCCAAGAUAGAGCAUCACCUUGGACGCAAUGUUUUUGAGGAGGCAGUGGUACGCAGCAUGAUCAGAAGAAAACGUACAGUUAUCCUUGUCUCUCCACAAAUUCCUCACAUCUACAAUGCUUAUCAGAUAAUUGUUGUGAAUCGUCACCAAAUCAAAUGUCAGGGAAGAUUGAAAGACAUAAAGCGUGCUGACCCUGACCUUUAUGAAAGCUGGAGAAGAGUACUGAAGGAUAACAAAAGAACUAAUGUGGUUGAAAGGAGGAGAUCAAGUCUUCCAGAAAGGAGAUCCAGUUUGGCUGAGAGGCAGGAUAUUGACCAUGAGUUAGACAAGCACCGGCGAACUAGUUUUGACCAUAUCUCUGAACCAGUACACAAGCUGUCUAUACAGUCAAACCUUGGGAUACCAAUUAGUCGUCAGGUAUCACAGAUGUCUGUAAUGACAGAAAAUAGUCUUGAGGAUGAUGGAUUGGAAGAAGAUGACUUACUUCCCCUUGAUGACUACACAACGGAGACAUGUUUUGAACAGGACAAUGAAGAAGAAGAAAGUCCAUCAUUAAAACUGGAUCUGCGUGACCUUGGUUCAAUCUCCACUGGUAUGUGUUUUGAAUUCCUGAAACUCUGCUCCUCUUCACUGGUUCUAUUAUUGGUGUUACUCCUUUUGUGCAAACACACUUUAAUAGUCACCUCUGAUCUUUGGCUUGCUAACUGGAUGUACUCAAAACACUCUGUGCAUUAUGAAAUACAUCAGAAUAAUUCCAUCACCAGUCCAAAGCACACACCUGUCAACCACACCUACUAUAUUGGUUUAUAUAUGGUCAUCUGUUUAAGCUGUGUGGCAGUCACAGUGUUGACUGGUCUAUUACUAAAGUUCACCACAGUGAGAGGAGCUGACCGACUUCACCAGAAGAUGCUUCAUUAUUUGACCAGUUUACCUGUGAUUCACUUUGAGUCAACCCCACCUGCCACUAUUCUCAAUACAUUCUCAGCAGACAGUCGUAUUGUUGACCAGAUCCUACCAACAACCAUAGAGUUAUUGUUGAGGUUCUUACUACAAGCAAUCAUAGUGCUGGUCAUCUGUUCUAUAGCUAUGCCCUAUUUUGUACUGGCCACUGUUCCUAUAAUAAUACUCUUUUAUCUGCUCUUCAAAUUUUACCGACCUUCCAUCAGACAGCUCAAUCGUCUUCAGAAUCUUACCAAACUGCCUCUUUUUAACCAUUUCUCAGAAAUUCUCAGUGGACUUCGGACAAUUCGAGCUUACAGGGUACAGUACUGGUUUACUGGUUAUGUUACCCAUGCAAUAAACGUAUUCAAUGUCGUCUUCCUGUACAUUCAUGCUGUGAAUCGGUGGUUAGCCAUACGCUUGGAUUUCCUUGGAUGCCUUAUUUUAUUACUGGCAUCACUUGGUAGCUUGGCUUUCUCCAUUCAAAACGAAGAAAAUGGCACAUUAGUUGGACUCUGUAUGUUGAAUGUUCUCAUGAUGCCAAUUUAUGUGAACAUGAUAGCACGUCAUGCAACAGAACUAGAGAACAACAUCACGUCUUUAGAAAGAGUUGUGGAAUAUGCUUGUGAGACACCACCUUCAGUAGAUCCACCAGAUUGCAUUGAGGUACCUGAGUCUUGGCCAGAUGUUGGUGACAUUGAAUUUCAACAUAUUGCCUUAAACUAUGAUCCUGAACAGAGCCCCGUUGUUAUGGAUGCCACUUUUACUAUAAAAGAUGCGGAAAAGGUGGCCUUCUGUGGACAUGCUGGGAGUGGGCGAUCAUCUCUCAUCUUAUCCUUAUUCAAGAUGAUCCAUGUACAUGAAGGAAAGAUCUUGAUAAACUAUCAGGACAUAUCAGUUGUGCCGUCCCAAGUUCUGAGAUCUCGUCUUUCCAUUGUACCCCACGACCCAAUCAUGUUUGACGGAACAGUCAGGUUCAAUCUCGAUCCAGAAGGCAUAUAUAAAGAUCCAGAGAUUUGGGAAGCUUUGAAUGCAGUUCAAAUGAAAAGCACAGUUCAAGAGCUUCCCCAUAAACUGGAAACUGUUGUCCUCCAUGAAGGCAAGGAAUUUACUAUUGGACAAAGACAGCUUUUCUGUUUUGCUCGAGCUUAUAUGAGAGACAGUAAAAUAGUUAUUGUGGAGCAGGAACACACUAACGAUGAUGCCUUGAUGGAGGAAACCAUUCAGGACCUCAUCCGCACUGUGUUCAGGGAUUCCACCGUUCUUGUGACUUUGCAUCAUCUGACUCAUCUAAAUGAUUAUGACCGUGUUAUGGUAUUAGAUCAAGGUAGAAUUGUGGAAUUUGAUAAAGCUUCUGAAUUAUUAAUGAAUGAAAACAGCAUGUUAGCAGCAUUGGUACGAGAAAGCCAGCUGAAACGGCCCAACAAAGUAGUCAUCACUAUUUCUUGAACCAUUCACAUCAUAAUCACUGGUUAACAUUCAUCUUUAUAAUACAGAUGUGCUCAGAAGAUUCUGGUUACAACCAUCUGCAUAUCAUUCAGAUAAUGAAUCUAAAACUUAUUUUCAAAACACUAUUAAAGAUUUUAAACAAUCCAGAUUUAGAUUCAUUAGAUUAUAUUGUAUAUGUAGGUGUUUUUUUUAUGUGAAUUUGAAUGUAUAUACAUACAUUAUACACACACACACACGCACACAGACAUUAUUUAACAUUAUAAAUGUAAGAUUGUAUAUUUCUGCAUAUAGGUGUAUAUAUGUUUUUAUAUGGAAAGUAUAUGUAUGCACACACACACACAUAACACAAGCACAUGCACACACACAUACAUACACAAAUCAAUACCAAAUUUACACAGACAUAUUAAUUGAAAUUUUGCUAUUUUCAUCACCGUCAUCAAUGUCUACACUUUUGUAAAUUUGAAUCCGACAGAAACCCAAAUAUUGGACUUUGAUGUCUUUUUGUUUUUUAAAAAGUAGAAUGUAAAAAUAAAAAAAUAAAACUAUCAGCUAAUAAACUGCCAUUUCUCUACUCAGCUGAUUGAUUCUACAAUAUUUUUUGUACAAGAAACACAAGUUAUUUUUCAUACAGACAAAAAUUUCUUUCCAAAACAUCUUAAAUGCUAAUCUAGGACCUAUAAUCAAUUAAAACAUAUUCUUUUUCUAUCCUACAAUGGUGUUAACACUAACAAAUAUAUUUGUAUAACUGUUUGUUGUUCCUUUAUUUUAGCAACAUAAGACUUUGUACAGGAGAUGUUUUGUAUUUUGGAAUCUGGAAGAGCUCACCCAAGAAAAAAUAAAAUUUCGAAAUAAACACACACACACACACACUUAAAAAAAUAUAUACGUGUAGGUAUAUAUAUAUAUAUACAUACAUACAUACAUGCACACACACACUCAUUUAUCAGCGUUUUAUGUCCAGUUUUCCAUGCUGGCAUGGGUUGGACAAUUUCUGUGUGGAAGUGUUUUUCAGCUGGAUGCCUCUCCUGUCACCAACCAUUUUAGUUGCCUCUUACAACAUGCAGGGAUGCAGUGAGCCUCUUCCAAAACCAGGACACACAGACACACACAUAUGUGCUUAAAUAAAAAUUUGUUGAUGUUGUUUUCUAAUAGAA